UUGGUUUGGUACAAAGUUGCUUGUUCCAUUAUCGUGACGAUUCGUGAAAUCGACGCAGUAGAGUGGCAAGUGGGGGCAAGGGCGUGGAGGGUCGCUGGCACAUGCCCACAUCGACAGCUUCGUCGUGACCGCCUUGAUUGUCCCGUUCAUCCGAAGUUGGGGGGGUUGUGUCGUCGAUGGUGUCGUCUUGGGGUGGCGGCGUCGAGGGCGGACGAUGUUUUUCUUGCAAUCGCUUUCGAAAGGCGAGUUGGAGCUCCGACUUGAGGAGGGCAGUGUUUCGUUUCGGCCGUGGAGAUGGCACGGCGCCGGCCGCUGUCGCCGCCUCCAUCGCUUGCAUGUCGUACGGUGCAAAUCGGUCGGGUCGUCGCUUCUUCGCAUCGAAUUUGCGCUGCUGCUGGUUGUGCUUGGCUCGGUGAAAAGGACACAACGUGUGGGGCGCGCCGUUUUUCUUGACCGCUCGCUCGGCGGUACAGGUGGUGCUCGGGUACAUGCACAGACCACGAAAGGCGCGUCCCAUAGGCGAUGUAGUCGCGUCGGUGCCGCCAUCAUCGUGCGCAAGAUGUUGGUUUGUGCCUUGACCAGUUGCCAUUCAAAGGCGAGGCCGAGGACGCUGGAAGGACGAUGCGGAUCAGCCCAAGGGACACCUGCCACAUGAGUGCGGCAUGACUCGACAAAGCGG